GAUUGCCAAAACUCAAAGCGCAGUGUUGACUGGCCAGAGUCCGCUGUCAAACAUCCAUUCAAAACCAGUGUCUUUCUAAAACAAAGCCAAAACAAAAGCUCUCAAGCCAACAAUGUCGGAACCGCACCACCUUCUGUCGGAGCCCAUCUCGUGCCAUGCCUGGAACAAGGACCGCUCGCAGCUGGCCUUCUCGCCCAACAACCACGAAAUCCACAUCUACAAGAAGGAGGGCAACACCUGGGUCAAGUCGCAGGUCCUCACCGGCCACGACCAGCGUGUGACGUCGCUCGACUGGGCUGCCAACACCAACCGCAUUGUCUCGUGCGGCGCCGAUCGCAACGCCUACGUGUGGACGAUCACCGACAACGAGUGGAAGCCCUCUCUUGUCAUCCUGCGCAUCAACCGCGCGGCCACCUUUGUCCGCUGGUCCCCCAAGGAGGACAAGUUUGCCGUCGCCUCGGGCGCCCGCCUCAUCUCAAUCUGCUACUUUGAGGCUGAGCACGACUGGUGGGUCAGCAAGCACAUCAAGAAGCCCAUCCGCUCCACCGUCCUGACCCUCGACUGGCACCCCAACAACGUCCUGCUGGCUGCCGGCUCGUCCGACUUUAAGACGCGCAUCUUCUUUGCCGGCAUCAAGGGCGUCGACGAAAAGCCCCAGCCCACUCCUUGGGGUGGCAAGAACGCCUUUGGCGACUGCGUCCGCGAGCUCUCGCACGGCCCUGGUGGCUGGGUUCACUCGGUCGCCUUCUCGCCCUCCGGCAACCGUCUCGCCUGGGUCAGCCACAACUCGAGCAUCUCUGUCGUCGAGGCUGGCGACGCCACCGAGCCCAAGACUGUCACCUUCUCGACCCUCCCCUACGUCACCCUGCUCUGGGCGUCCGAGAACUCGAUCAUCACGGCCGGCUUUGAGUACUACCCCGCUCUCUGGGACGUCUCGUCGGGCACCCCCAAGUUUGUCAACAAGCUCGACCACGCCGUCAAGAAGGCUGCCGUCGAGGGCAACGCCAUGUCCAAGUUCCGCAACCUCGACACCCGCGCCACCGAGGGUGAGGAGACUGCCCUUGACACUGUCCACCAAAACCCCAUCACCCAGCUUUCGCUCUUUGCUGGCACCAAGGACCGCGUCACCAAGUUCACCACCACUGGCUCUGACGGUCGCCUUGUCAACUGGGAUGUCAAGGCUCUCGAGUCUGCCAUCUCUGGCCUCAAGUUUGCUUAAACGAGCUCGCGUUGUUUUGGGGGGGCUCAGCUCUUCCCCUUUUGCCGUUUUAGCAAACAUGCAAAUGUAGCUCUUUUGUGGUCUUUGAGUGUUUGUUUGCUGUGCAAAUCUAAUGCUUUGUGAAUAGACACCUUUUUUUUUUUUUUCGAAAGUCAAGCCAAACGCUCGUUUUGAUGAUGUCGCAUCAAUCCAUG